AUGAAGGAGCACCAAGAAGCGCGCAGAAAGGAACGCGAGGCGGAUAAGUGGUUGGAGAGAUUCAAUGCACACAGCAAGAAGCAAGAGGACCUCUUCCAGCAAUACGCCAAACGGGUUAUUGGCACCUGUGAAGAAACCGGAAUAGCUACAUUUGCGAUGAGAAAAGCUGCGCAUCCAUGCAUGGCGAUGGAUGAAUUAACACUCAGUGUGGCUAAAGACAUUGCGAUUGGUGAGGAGAAGACGGACGAAAAAUGUACUCUUCUCCCAGAUCUACCACCACAUCAGGAAUAUCUGAGUCCAUGA